GCACAAUCCUACAAGUUCAAUGGGAAUGCCACACCUGAUGAAACAGAUGCUUGGAUUCGAGAGAAUAAGAAGAUCUUUAGGGUUAUUGUUUGUCCUGAAGAGCAGAAGUUGACUUAUGCGUCAUUUCUUGUGAUGGGUGACGCUGAAUAUUGGUGGAAUAAUAUGCAACAAUAUAUGAAAGGGCGUGGUGAAGCGGUUAAUUGA